ACGAUCUAAAUAUUUAAGCCAGUCUUGUAUUGACAAUGAUCUCAUUCGCACGUUUCAAAGUGCUCUUUAAUUUCGACAAUAAAUCAUUUUACACUUUCAACAAAAUCCUUAAUGGAUAAAACCAUUUAUUUAUUUAUUUAUUUUUUUUAUAGUCAACAGUAAAAAUGGCAUCACCUCAAGCUCUAAAAUCAGGAUUAAGGCGAUUAUCACCAUCAUCGACAUCUAUUAAUAUUCAAAAAUUAUCUCCAGUUUCUUCGCAUGUCAGACGAAACCUUCUAAACGAGCCUGAAAGAAGUAAAGAAACUUUUCUCACUCCAUUUAAAGUCGAUACUCCAAACAGAAAACUGCUAGUUAACAAAGGUCUUCAAAAUCAACAUCCAACUGUCUUAGGUUCCGGAAGUUUCGGAAAAGUUUACAGAGCGUCGUAUAAGGGAGAUAAGGUGGCUGCAAAAUUGGUCGAUCGUAAGAAGCAUGGAGAUUCAAUUCUCGAAGCGGAGAAGCACGCCGCCUCGUUGGCGCAUGAGAAUAUCAUUAAAGUUUUGGCAAUCGAGGAAGGAGAUCUUCUCUCCGUGAUAACGAUGGAGUUGUGUGAGAAUUCACUUGAGGAGAAGCUCGAGAAAACAUCCCUCGAUCCUGUGGAGAGGGUUUCCAUUUGGAAAGCAAUUGCCAGUGCUCUCAGAUUUUGUCACAAUUCUGGAAUCGUUCACGGCGACGUUAAGCCGAAAAAUAUUCUCUUUGGUGUUGACAGCCAACCGAAACUCGCCGAUUUUGGAAGCUCUGUUCUGCUGAAUGAAUCGUGCCUCGAAUAUGUUUUCCAUGGAACUCCAGGAUAUGCAGCACCUGAAGUGGUGAGAGGUGAAGUGCCAACGCCAGCAGCAGACAUUUAUUCCUUAGGAGUGGUAGCUUGGCAAAUGCUCUCCAGAAAAUCGCCAUUUCAAGGCCUGCACAGACACACCAUUUUAUACCUCACAGGUUGUGGAUCGAGGCCAUUUAGCGUAAAAUGCGAUGAUGGUUUUAACGGAAAAUACAAUGAUUUGUAUGUAGAAAUGUGGGCGGAAAACAGAAGACGUAGACCAGCUUUAAUUGUCAUUAUCACUGAACUGGACAAGUUGAUAAGUGGCGUUCAUUAAUUUACAAUUUUAAGGUUUC